AUGCGCUUCUACUGUAACUAUCUUAUCCUCUGUCUGGCCCUUAUUCUAUGUCUGCAACUAGCAGUAGCAGCUCCUCAUGCUGCAGUCCGUAGACAGAAUGAUAGUCCUUCCGCGGAAUCAACACCUGAGAGCCAGGACAGUGCUUCUCGACAGCCCGCUGCCACACCCACACCAUCGGGACUAAGCUCAUCACGAGUCGAGCCCGACCGCACUUCAUCGAAACCAGCACCCUCAGUCAAGCCAUCAGAGGCACCAGCACCGAGCACUACCAACGAUGUUCCUACCACGACUCCAUCUGAUAGGCCCACGCCAUCAGACCCUGAGAAGAACGACUCCGCGGACCCAGCAGACCCACUGCCUAUUCACCCGAAGCUUACCCCUGCUAUGGGAAUCACUGGAGUACUAUUACUACUUUCCGGGUUAGGAUAUGCGAUCGUCGGUAUCAAGAACAAAUGGGUAUAUGUGUUCGGGUCUGCGGCCUAUCUGACAGCUCUCGCCGUUACUGUGUUGAUCAUAUACUUGAUGAACCCGCCCGUCACCGAUGCCAUUCAAGGAGCUUUCUUCGUGGCGGCCUUCUUCACUGGAGUAAUCUUCGGCAUCCUGUCGUUGGUCUUCUCAGACAUUACCGAAGGCUUUGGCUGUCUACUUGGUGGCUUUUGCCUGAGCAUGUGGUUCCUUAGUGUCAAGGACGGUGGCCUGAUCACUUCGGGAACCGGCCGUGCAAUCUUCAUUGGCUGCAUGUCAGCUGGAGGCUACUCGCUCGCUUUCAGUCACUACACCCGUACUUACGGUCUCAUCGCAUCGAUCGCCUUCUCGGGUGCCACCGCUACCAUUCUUGGUAUCGACUGUCUGGCCGGUUCUGGCUGGAAGGAGUUCUGGCUUUAUCUCUGGAACCUCAACGACGACAUCUUCCCUCUUAACACUAACACCUAUCCGGUCACCAAGAACAUGAAAGCCGAGCUGGCUGGUGUUGUCAUCAUUGCAGUAGUUGGUAUUGUCUCCCAGAUGCGCGUUUGGAAGCUAGUCAAACAACAUCGUGAAAAGACCGCUGCUCAACAGCUUGAGAGACAGCAGGACCAGGAUCGUGAAGAGGAGGAACAAGGUCGCAAGGUUGAAGACAACUUCCAGAAAGAACGUGCUCAAUGGGAGGCUGCAUAUGGUGGAAAGGGCGCACCUGAGACCAGCGUCCGAUCUUCUGUUUCAAGUCCAAAAGGCUCUACGCACAUUGAGGAGAAGGAGGUUUAUGGAAACGACAGCGCGGAAAGGCUCAACGUACCAAACAACGGAGUAAUGCGAUCAGCCAGCAACAGCCCGAAUCCCGGAGCGAGCGUCACAGUAGGCGUUCCGAAUGACGAUGGUAUCGAACAAAUCGGGCCGGAAACCCCUACGACGGAAAAUGCACUUGGAAUUCAUACGCCUGAGAACGAGAAAGCCUUGCCAGCGGCUCCGGAAAAUGGAUCGAGGCCCACUCUAGCCAAGAGCAACAGCCUACGCCCUUCAGUUCCACUACCACCUCCAUCGGUCGUUCCACUUCCAUUCAAGAUUCCCUGCGAAGAAGAUGCACGUAGCGACGACGACGACAAUGCCUCUGUAUCUGCUCUCCCCGAGUCCGGCCUCGAAGCCGAAGAGUCUCGGCGUCUGUCAAAGCGCGUGUCCGAUGUGUCUGCAAUGAGGCAACGCAUUUCUAGGGAUAUGGUCUUGUCACAGGAGGCUAUGAUGGGAUCGAGACCUGACGAAGAUGACCGUGCCUCGUCUCUUGCCGCCACUUUGGACGAUGAUCUCGACGCGCUAUCCUCUCGCAAUCUAUCCCCACUACCGUCACCGAUCGGAACCGAGCACGAUGAUGCACUUGCAAGGCCUGGACUCAAGAGACAAGAUUCCGACACAGUACCUUCCAGGAAGAAGUCAUCAAAUGGCAAUGCAGCACCAACAUCCCUUACUACCAGUACCGAUCCUAAGACAAAACAGUCGCACAACAAGCACCCAACCAAGCAGGACUCGGUAGUCGGGGCUGGUAAGGGCACAUCCAGCUCCAAAGCCAGCAGUGAACAAUGCUCCAAGUCGAAUCAGUCCGAGGCGUUAUCCCAAGGUUCACAGCUGGAGCAAGGUGGUUCUCAGGUUGACAGUCUUGCAGAGAAUGUCCUGCCAGAGAAAUUGUCCAAAGUCGCCCUAUCCUACCGUACGAACGAAUGGGCGAAGCACCUAGAAGCUGCCGACAAGCCGGACUACGAAGACAUGUUCCGGCCUUCAUCCCCUGGGAUCAUGCUGGCAAACGGAUUAGAGGAGAAGCCUACACCUGUUAGCGAAGAGCUAGCGGCAGAUCUAUUUGGAAACAAGCGUGACUCGCGAAGGAUGUCAACUGGCAGCAGGAUGCAACGGAACAGCAGCAACGCACUACGACGGAACACUUCCACUUUCUCUCAGGAGUCACUGGUCAACCAGCGUUCCUUGACGCAUUCACCUUCCAUCGCAUCUCCCGGCAUGCUCUCUCGAUCUAGCUCUGCCGCAAGGCUCGAUACUCUUUCGCCUCUGCCCAGCAACACACUGCUGAGCAAGCGCGAGAGUCUUAUCAAGAACCGAGCAUCAGCUCUAGCACUAACUCCUCAAUCCUCAUCGCCGAACCUUUUGUCACAACAUGAGGAGGAAGAAGAGAUGACGCUGGCACAACGUCGUCAACUGCUCCAGCAGCAGCAACUGUUGUCGCCCACUCUUACUCAUCAGUCAUCUCUGAGAUCGCCAGGCAAAACACCACCUUCGGCCUCACAGAAAUGGCAGAAGAAGGCAUGGGCCACCAAGGGUGCACCAGCAGGCUUCGACUCGCACCAACCUAAGCGUGCGAACAGCAGCGCUCAAUCGGAACAGAAGCGCGAACAACUCUACGCAGGCUGGCGCGAUACCAUGCGCGAUAUUGCACCGCCGCAAAAUGCCGCUCACAUGGCAGAGCAGCAGCGCGCAGCGUUGAUGAUGGAAAGAAGACAAAAGGACAUGGAGAAGCAACAGCGCGAGUUGAUGCAACAACAGCGUGCUAGUCAGAUGGACAGCAUGAUGCGCAGCGGCCAGAUGAUGGACGCACACCGAGAGGCGAUGAGGAAGAUGCAGGCGAAUGCCAACCGACACACUUGA